CACGUUACAGUUCAAAUAAAGUUCUCCUACAGUCGAUAUCGUGGUGAAACAGAACUAUAUCUUGUUUCUCCAAGCGGAACUGAAAGUAAUUUACUUCAUUACCGGCAUGACGAUGCAGGAAAACAUAAAAGAAAAGGAUGGUUGAAAUGGACGUUCAUGUCAGUUCAUUUCUGGUGGGAAAACCCUGUUGGUACCUGGCGACUUAAAGUUGGUUCUUAUAAAGGAUAUUCUAUUGUAACGCUGGUUUCCUGGUCUCUAACAUUUUAUGGUACAUCACACAAUCCAAUAACACAAGAGCGAACAACAGUUCCAACAACACAGUCGAAAAAUACAAGCGAUCGAAAGUAUGUUUGGACAGCAACCAACUCAGCAUCGUUACCCACAUCAUUCACAGAACCGACAUCAACAAGCAAAGCAGCACAGCUUGUAACAGUCACAACGUCAGAUAAACUUUCAACAGAAACAGCAACAAUCUUGGAGUGGACGACAUUAUCUACUCAGCCUACAACUUCAUCAAGAGGAAGUGACUUAUCUUUUUUAGAAAAGCGAACAACAGUUCCAACAACACAGUCGAAAAAUACAAGCAAUCGAAAGUAUGUUUCGACAACAACCAACUCAGCAUCAAUACCCACAUCAUUUACGGAACCAACAUCAACUAGCAAAGCAGCAAAUUUUUUAACAGCAACAACGUCAGAUAAACUUAUAACAGAAACAGCAACAAUCUCUGAUUGGACGACAUUAUCUACUCAGCCUACAACUUCAGCAAGAGGAAAUGACUUAUCGUUUUUAACCAGCGACAAUAAGCCAGUUAUCAUAGGAGGAUUUGUAGCAGGUAUCUUACUCUUAGGUGCUGUUCUUCUGUUCAUCAGGUGGAAAAUGAAUGUUGGGCGUAAAAAAGCUGUUGAUUCAACAACCCCAUCCACAGCACCUGCUGUGUUCACUGCUUGAAUGGGAACUGUCACAGAAAGAAAAAGUAAAAAAACCUACUAUAAUUUCAGGGUUUAACAGUAAUACAAUGCGUUGGCAUUAUUCGAUGUAUGCAUAACUUGUUAUAUAUAUGUUCAGGACUAUAUGAGUAUUUGGACCAUAUGGUCAUGACGAUAUAAUUAUACCUCGUAUGGUCCAAUUCUACGCGUUUGUUUUUGUCAUAUUUUUGAAAUGUGCACGAGAAACAUUAACAAUGCGCAAUGCUCAUGUAUCCAACAAUUGUAUUUUUCUACAGCAAGUAAGAAA